AUGGAGAGGAGCAAUUGCUUUGGUUCUUCUUUGAUUCCAGAAAGGCCAGAUCGAAAGGUUAUUGAGAAGAACAGGAGGAACCAAAUGAAGUUCCUCUACUCUCAGCUCUUUUCCCUCCUCCCUGAAAAUCUCACCUUUAAGGGAUCUCCACAAAUGUCUGAUAGAGUAAACGAAGCUAUACGAUACAUUGAAACCCUGAAAGAAAACUUAGAGAAAACGAAGGACAAAAAAGAAAAGCACUAUAGCAGCAAUAGAUUAUUACAUGAACCGAAGGGAAGGGACAGCCAUCUGGCUUCCACUUCCCAAUCUUUUGAUAUCCAAAUCCAUGAAAUUAGUUCUGAUAUAGAUGUAGUUUUAAUCUUUGGAUUGAAAACUUAUUCUUGUUAUUGUGAUAUUAUUCGGACAAUUGAUCAAUACAGCACUGCCGUAGGAUACGCAAGUUUUUCUACUUCUGGACCUUCUACUUUCCAUGUACAUCAGAAAAAGAUUGAAGCAGCAGAGAUGUAUCGGAAGCUAAAUGAAUUGUUUGGAGGAUUCUCGAGAAAAGAAGUAGUGUUAGAUGUUCUUCCACCAUCAUGUAACGAAGAGGAAUCCAACCUAGAUUUAUGGGAUUUUGAAAUCUCCUCCGACAUAUGGUGUAGGAAUUCCUAACUACGUUGGACAUAUCCAUUAAAUGAGGAAUCUGUGAUUGGAAUCUAAUGAGUAAUAAACUUUUGUCGACUGAAUUAUGUUGUGUUUCAUGGGAGGUUAAUAAUGCUGACGCUUGUUUUGGCAAACUUCUAGAGUCCAAUUCAAUAAUGUUUCGCAUAUUUGUAAUUGUUCAUUACGAAUAUGUGAUUUUUUAGGGUCAUAUCCUAUAUAUGUAUUGCAGUAUAUUUGUCCUUUCAGUUGUAUUUACAGUGUAGAGAUGUUGAAGUGUAC